CCCCCAUCAACACAAGCAAGCUUAGUUCAAGCAGUCCAGCAAGAAAGACAAGCAUCAGCUUGGUUCCUUCGGUACCGUAGCUGUAACUCCGUGAGUCCAGUACACAAAUCGCUCUCCACUCUCCAGCAAGCAGCGCGGCAAGAAGCAUAGACCACGGCAGCUGCAGCCAAGGCGUCGUGGAUGGUGGCGAUGAGCGUGGGCGCGCUCGAGGCGCUCAAGGACCAGGCCGGCCUCUGCCGCUGGAAAUACGCGCUCAGGUCCAUCCACCGUGCAGCCAAGGCCAACGUCCGCAGCGGCGUCUCGCAGGGUAACAAGCAGCUGCCUGCCACAGUGGCCGCCGUGGCGGAGAGGUGGCGAGCGGAGAAGGCCGAGGAGGGGCUGAGGACUGUCAUGUACCUUAGCUGCUGGGGCCUAAAUUAGGAGUGGUAGUAGCUAGGAGUGUUGUGUUUAUUGCAGCAAGUAACUUAGUAUUAGUAUAAGCAUGCAGCCAUGUCCUGAGACUGAGCUGGUUGCCCCCUGAUCGAUUGUAAAGAUAUCACGACGAUGAUGAUGAUGAAAAUUUUGGUUAUGAGUUUAUAAUUUA